AGCAAAAACUCCUCCUGCCUGUUUCCUCUGUUCGUGCUCAGUGGGAUUUUAACUGUGUGGACAAUAUGACUAAAUGUGUGAAAGUCGUGAAGUAAAGAACUGUGCAGGAAGAAAGGAAAGCGGCAGAGUUUGGGAAUAAAACGAGCAUAAUAACGACACCGUCCGUCCUCCUGUCCGUCCACCGCGGCCCGUCUGCCUGUGAGCCGUCCUCCUGCUGGCCUGUGGGACUUCAGGCGAAAUUAGAGAGUCGUUAAAGUCCCCAGAGACAGUUGCGUUCACUGGGCGUAGGAACACAACUUCAAUGGGACUUCCACAGAAGAAACAGCUGAACUCUUCCAUCUUAUUCUGAAACAUAAUGUUCACAGCACUGCUGGUUGCCCUGGUGAUUGGAGGAUUGAUUAUCUUCCUGGUUCAGAGGCGGAAGAACCAGGUUCUGAAAACCGAGGAUGGUUGGUGGGGGGCUGGAGCGCCCUCUGAUGGUGAGGAAGACCUCACCAUCCGGUCUUUUAAAGUAACCACCAGUGAUGAGGAGCUGGAGGACCUGUAUAGGAGGAUGGACCAGACCCGUCCUGUUCCCUCGCUGGAGGACAGCCAGUUCCAUUAUGGCUUCAACUCCCACUACCUUCAGAAGGUGGUCUCUUACUGGAGAAAGGACUUUGACUGGAGGAGACAAGUGGACAAACUGAACCAGUACCCACAUUAUAAAACCAACAUUGAAGGCAUUGACGUUCAUUACGUGCACGUAAAACCCAAGACGGUGCCUGAGGGGACAAAAGCCAUUCCCCUCAUAAUGGUCCAUGGCUGGCCCGGCUCAUUCUAUGAGUUCUAUGGGCUGAUCCCCAUGUUAACAGAGCCUUCGGAUCCUGGUCAGCUUGUGUUUGAGGUGGUGUGUCCAUCCAUUCCAGGCUACGGCUUUUCUGAAGCACCGCGGAAGAAAGGUUUCGAUUCUGUAUGUGCUGCACGCAUCUUCCACAAGCUGAUGAAGCGUCUCGGUUUCCAGCAGUUCUAUGCUCAUGGAGGAGACUGGGGCUGGCUGGUCACCACUAACAUGGCUCAGCUGGAGCCCAAAACUGUUAAAGGUCUGCACGUGAACUUUGCUGCGCCCUCCAAGCCGGGGCUGCUCAUGACUUUGUCCAUCUUGCUUGGCCGCCGCUUCCCUAAGUUGUUUGGAUUCACUGAAACAGAUGUAGAGCGACUCUACCCCUGCAUGGAGAAGUUGGUGUUGGAAUCCAUCAAAGAAUCCGGCUACAUGCACAUCCAGGCGACCAAACCCGACACAGCUGGUCGCGGGUUGAAUGACUCUCCUGUCGGUCUGGCUGCCUACAUUCUGGAGAAGUUUUCCACAUGGACACAUCAUGACUUCAGGAACCUGGAAGAUGGAGGACUCACCAGGAAGUUCUCUCUGGAUGACCUGCUCACCAACGUUAUGAUCUACUGGACUUCAGGCUGCAUCGUUUCUUCAAUGAGGUUCUAUAAGGAAAACUUUGGCAAAGGUCUGGACGCACCCCAUGCUAAGAUACCGGUCUUUGUUCCCACGGGCUUCGCCUGCUUCCCCAACGAGUUGAUGCAUACACCUAAGCUUUGGGUCAAACAGAAAUACCACAACCUCGUCAGCUAUUCUCCCAUGCAGCGCGGCGGCCAUUUUGCUGCUAUGGAGGAGCCCCGGCUGAUGGCGGAGGACAUCCAGCAGUUCAUAAGAUCAGUGGAGGAGAUGAUGAAGAAGAAGGAGUAGAAGGUCGAUGAAUAAGAUGCCAAAUGUUUUCUCCUGCAUUUAGCCAAGAAAGGAGGUGAUUUUUUUUCCCCCCCCUUAGUGGAAUCAGAAGAUUUUAGUGGAUUAUAACAACACAUAUUUGGGGCAUGUAGUAUUUAAAUAGCCACUCACAACACACACCUAGCUGUCAGAUGAAAGCAACUAAAUAACUAGAGGCCUUUAUAUUACAGUUAUUUGUUGCAGAAAACAUGUAUUUCAGAAAAAAUGUUCCAUCAUUAUUUCAUCAUUAGUUCUCCUUCAAUCACAGCGUAGUAAAACUGACUGGUUUUAGAGCUGGUUUGUGUUAAUAGACCAGCUGUUUUGUGGAUAUCUAGGCACUUCACUCACUGCAGCCUGGAGUGUUGAAAAGAGUAGAGUGAGCAGCUGCAGAUGGGAUGUCAGGGGGUAGCCAGUGUUAUUGUGUUGACAGCAUAGACAAGGUGCCAAGCAUUCCUCUGACUGAUAGCAGAAGUCCUCCACACUCAGACCACAGCCUUGCUGACUAGUCAGGUUUAAUAUUCAGCCGCGUUGCCGUUUAGAUGCAUUUCUGUUUUCCUGGAGUCAAUUAAAAAAUUGAUUAAAGAGGCUGUGUUAUGCAACAUGUACUUUUUUGAGCUUAUAUCAUGGUAUAGUGUUAUUCCCUUAUCAAACCAUAUUUGAGUGUUGCUUAGAUUCUUUCUUACACAUUUCAGAAAUAGUUUAGUCUCCAUUGCAACCUUUCAGCUGGGCCAUGUUGGCCCUUGCUCCUCUUUCGAGACGCAUCUCCUCCUCAGAGCUGCAGUUUCCAAGUUUCCAUCUCACAGAGCAGCCACAAAUUCCCCACUCAGCUCCUUCAGAGCAGCCAGCAGCAAUUAGCAAACACCUGUUGAGACUCAUCUCAGUGAAACGUUGGUAAAAAUGUUGUUAAAGGAUUAAUAGAGGAGUGCUGUUGUGAUGAUUUCCAGAAGGCGGUGUUUCAGGAACAGCAGGAGUUUUUAAAGAGACAAAGGCCCAAUUUCAAGGCAUGAAAUAACAAAGUCAAAUUUCUUGAGUCAUAUUUGAUGUUUCAUUUUCAGAACAACUGAAAGUAACUAUCAUUUUAUAGCACAAUCAAGUGACUAUAUGUGUGGAAAAUACACAAUACUGAAUCUUUAAUGAGUAAAACAAAAGUCUUAUCAAUCCACUAACAAUUAAAUGAUAAGCGUCCACUUUCUUGAAAACCUGAGUUUUCUCUUGUACCAAGAGGACCAACCAUCUUUGCAUAACAUGAAUAGCUAAACUUUUCAUAAUAUCCCGAAUAAAAGAUAAAUAAACAUUUCAAUUUUAACAUUAUUUGGUGUAAGAUGUAAGAAAGGGUGACUGAGUAAACCAUUUAUUUAUUUUUUGUUACUGUUCUGGAAUGGCCCCGCCAUCUUUAUUUUUGUCUCUGGCUCUGCUUAUGGAUGCCCAGCAGCACCCUCUGCUGGAUGGCGACCACAGCACAACCUCUAACAGAAGGUCUGGACGUUAUUAGUUCAUCAUUUAGCAGCAGUUUCAAUUGAUUACCUUCUGGUAAUCAAUUGAAACUGAAUACUAUUUUUCUUAUUGAAAAAUAGUAUUUCUUCUGCCAAAGAAUAUUCUUUGUAAUGAGUGGUAAAAAUCCCUGACAUAAAUGUACACAUAAACAAAAUAAUCACUAUUAAAUCUAUUUAGUUUAUUGAUGUAGAGCCAUUUCAUAGCAAAUGUCGCCUUGAGGCACUUUACAAAAAAAUAUUUCAAUUGAAUCAUACAUUCUGAUUGAUCCUAGUUAGAUAAUAUGAAGGUAUAAAUAAUCACACAAUUAUUUCACAAUAAUUACUAUAUCUGCUGUAUAGCAAACCUGCUGAGUCAUUGUUUUCUAUUGACAAGUCCAUUUCAUAAUAGAUCUACAUGAUCUUUCAAGAAACAUAAGCAUGUAGUGGUUGAAGAUACAGUGAUAAAGUUUAGAGUUUGAUGAAGAUUUGGAUAUGCAAUUAUUGAUCACUUAUUGGAAACAGAAGAGUCUUACAUGAAGACUUUAUGUUGUCGAAUGACAUAUUUAGAUGAUUUACUUGAAAGUGAAUGAAGGCUUUUUUUUGGUUUUCUUUAUUAAUGAAGAGUGCAAAAAUUUCCAACAUCAGGAUUUUUUUUUACAGUAGAAAUAUAUUUGAAAUUCAGCAGAUGCUGAGAUGUGAGUUUCACUAUUUCAGUAGUCUAACCCAGACUUUUAGCAGUGUGUUGUAUACCUCCAGAUAUAAUAAAAACUAAAACUAAAAGUG